UUUUUUUUUUUUUUUUUUUUUUUUUUUUCAGAAAAGUUGUGUUCUCUUAACAUCAAAGAGGAGGUUUGACUUUCUGGGACAAAUUCUGAGAUCCUGAAGUGCCAAGAAGUAAUACCUCUAGAAAAGUAAAAACAUGACAAAAAACAAUGGAGAAGAGCCCAGAACAGGGGGAAGAAUGGAGAGAUUCCAGCAAGGAGUCCGUAAACGUACGCUUUUGGCCAAGAAGAAGGUGCAAAACAUCACAAAGGACGACAUUAAAAGUUACCUGUUUCGGAAUGCUUUUGUGCUGCUCACAGUCACUGCUGUCGUUGUAGGUACAAUCCUUGGAUUUACCCUCCGGCCUUAUAAAAUGAGUUACCGAGAAGUCAAAUACUUCUCUUUUCCUGGGGAGCUUCUGAUGCGGAUGCUACAGAUGCUUGUCCUACCACUUAUCAUCUCCAGUCUUGUCACAGGAAUGGCGGCCCUAGAUAGUAAGGCAUCAGGGAAGAUGGGAAUGCGAGCUGUAAUCUAUUACAUGACUACCACCAUCAUUGCUGUGGUGAUUGGCAUAAUCAUUGUCAUCAUCAUCCAUCCGGGGAAGGGCACAAAGGAAAACAUGUACAGAGAAGGCAAAGUUGUACAAGUGACUGCUGCAGAUGCCUUCCUGGAUUUAAUCAGGAACAUGUUCCCUCCAAAUCUGGUAGAAGCCUGCUUUAAACAGUUUAAAACCAACUAUGAGAAGAGAAGCUUUAAAGUGCCUAUCCAGUCCAAUGAAACACUCAUAGGUGCCGUGGUAAACAAUGUGUCAGAGGCCAUGGAGACUCUCACUCGGAUCCGGGAAGAGCUAGUCCCCAUUCCAGGAUCUGUGAAUGGAGUCAAUGCCCUGGGACUGGUUGUCUUUUCCAUGUGCUUUGGUUUUGUGAUUGGGAACAUGAAAGAACAGGGACAAGCCCUAAAAGACUUCUUUGACUCACUUAAUGAAGCCAUCAUGAGACUGGUCGCAGUGAUAAUGUGGUACGCCCCUCUCGGUAUCCUCUUCCUGAUCGCAGGCAAAAUCGUUGAGAUGGAGGACAUGGGCGUGAUUGGGGGGCAGCUUGCCAUGUACACGGUUACAGUCAUUGUGGGCCUGCUCAUUCAUGCAGUCAUCGUCCUGCCACUCCUCUACUUCCUAGUAACCCGGAAGAACCCUUGGGUUUUCAUUGGAGGGUUGCUACAAGCACUUGUCACAGCGCUGGGAACCUCUUCAAGUUCUGCCACCCUACCCAUCACCUUCAAGUGCCUGGAAGAAAAUAAUGGUGUUGACAAACGCAUCACCAGAUUUGUGCUCCCCGUGGGUGCCACUAUCAACAUGGAUGGGACAGCCCUCUAUGAGGCUUUGGCUGCCAUUUUCAUCGCUCAAGUUAACAACUUUGAACUGAACUUUGGACAGAUCAUAACAAUCAGUAUCACGGCCACGGCCGCCAGUAUUGGGGCAGCUGGGAUCCCUCAGGCCGGCCUGGUCACCAUGGUCAUCGUGUUGACAUCCGUGGGCCUGCCCACUGACGACAUCACACUCAUCAUCGCAGUCGACUGGUUCUUGGACCGCCUCCGGACCACUACCAACGUGCUGGGCGACUCCCUGGGAGCUGGCAUUGUUGAGCACUUGUCAAGACACGAACUGAAGAACCGAGAUGUGGAAAUGGGUAACUCAGUCAUUGAAGAGAAUGAGAUGAAGAAACCAUAUCAGCUCAUUUCCCAGGACAAUGAACCUGAGAAACCUAGUGACAGUGAAACCAAGAUGUAAACUAACCCAGAGAAAGGCUUUCUUGAGCACCAGGUGUUGGGAAAAAGUCAUUGUGAAAAUGUGUCCAUCUCGUUCUGCUCGUUUCUCCAGGGAGCCUUGCCUUCCUUCUUCCUCCCUACUCUGCUAGGAUUCAGCCAACAAACGAGGGGAGGACUUGACAGCAGCCACACAUUGGGGAUUUUAAAGAUCACUUCAUAUUAGUCUUGCCUAUUAAGGUACUGGGAUCAAAUACAAUCUUGAUCAAAUCUUACCCAAUGGUUGUGGCAUUAGAUCCUAUAAAUAUGAUUGCUUUAUAAGUUAAAGAAACAAAUACUAGGCCCAUUUUAAAAUUAACUUUUGAAAUUUAAAAAAGAAUUCCUUCAGCACACAUGAUUGGGUCUUAAUCUCAAAACGUGAUCCAUAACCAUGAGUUAUCAGUUGGCUAAAAGACUCUUUUUCCUUUUUACUUCUGUAAUCAGAUUCUUGCCUUCUCAGUAGCAGGACAGUCUCCAUACGCUCCUUGCACAGCCAUGAGGAAGGGCAGGAAGUAACAUGAGUCAAAUCUCAUCUGUCGACCUCAGGGUCUUCACUGAGUGAUGCUCUCGAUGCCUUUGGGUCCCUCUAGCUCAGACUUCCGGUGACAUCAAGAAAGAGGCUGUCCUGGGUUUCUCCCUUGCAAUUCCCUGCCAAGUACCAUUCCAUGGAGCCCAAGGCUCUCCAAGGACACUUCAUGUGAGUGGACAUUUCUGUCCAGGAGCAAGGUGUGUAGCACACCGGGUCCUCUGUCCCAAAUGGUGGUAAUGCAUGUUUCCAAGCAGGAGGCCACUCCAAGAGCAAAGUUGUUCAUGACACCCCUUGCCCAGUUCUUUCACCAGGGGGCAUACUUCUCUUCCUGUCUGCUCUUCUUGAACUGAAGGGGCUGCUCUGGGAGGGGUGUCUCUUUCCACUCUGCAACUGACAGUUAGGCCUUUAGGAAGUAAACAGGAGACUAGAAACUCGCAAGUGUGCUCUGGCCUUACUCCAGAACUCUGAGGGGAGGGAGGGGGGUAAAAGAAGAGUAUGGUUGACAUUAUAAAGGGAAGAUUUCAAGCACCAGGAGUAGAGGUCUUUAUUCUUUAUGAAAGAAUAAAACAUAUCUUUUCUUUUUUCCUGGAAACAUUUUUUUCUGUUCACUUCCAAAUCAUUCCUCCAAAGAAGUAUACAUACAAGAUAGAAGUUUACUUCUUACAUAUUUUGAAGUUAAAUUGUAUUGAGUUCUCUCUCUCUCUCUCUCUCUCUCUCUCUCUCUCUCUCUCUCUCUCUCUCUCUCUCUCUCUCUCUCUCUCGUGAGUUCAUGAACUGAGUGGGUGGUCUCUUAUCUGAACUUUUUUCUUUCACUUUAAUCAGAAGUUCUUGGAAUGAGGGAAACAAGACACUUCUUUGUGUGGAAAUUCCACUUACCAAACCAUUCAAAACUUGAGGCUAGAGUGGAGUUUGCUUUAGUUUUGUUUGUGUCCCAAAGAAAAAUGGGAGAAAACGAACCACUAUGAAGAAAUUGUCAAUGAGGUUACAAGGGAAGAGAACAGAGGCAUUUGUUCAGGCAAGGCAGCUCCUAGAUUUCAAGGAAAUUAAUUAUACCAACACCGCAUCCCAAAAUAUCCAGUUAAAGGCACUUAACAAGAGCCAUCAGAAAAUACCAGCUAAUGGUUAAGAAUUGACUUAAUUACGCUAACACACUGAACAUCUAGAUGUACAUCUUCUGCUAUAAAAUGGAGACUUUUUUAUAUAUAGGUCCUGAGCAUUGUGGGUGUGUCAAGGUUAACUUAGGCUGUGGUGGAGUAACCAUUUAAUGUCUAGGCUCCUUUUGGGAAAUACACUACAAAAGUUAAUGUACAUGCUGUCAUCUUAUGACACUAAGUAGAGUACAAAUUAAUCAUGUCAAAUUAAUGCUGUCGCACACUGUGAUUUUUUUUAUACUAACCAUUCUUAUGAAAGCAGCUCCUCUAGGUCAAUCCUCCUACCAGCCCAUCCCGGGCUCCCUUGUUCUUAUCCCCAGUGCAGACUGGGCAGCAUGACAUUGUAGGUGUAUUUUCAAUAAAGAAAAAAAAAUAGU